AUGGAAGCCACGCCUUCUCUAGGAGACGAAACCACGCCCAGCACAAUCAAGACUGAACCUCUGGCUGGGCCUCAGAACCAGCAUGAGCCGUCGAAGACGGAUGAACCUGUGGCACCCGAGCAGAAAAACGAGACUCCAGAUCCCAGCGGGCCUCCAGCAAAGAAAGCCAAGACAGAGAUUCUGGCAUCUGCCCGCGAGCCGCCAGUGCACGAAAUGGUCGGUGGCUCCUCGGUCAGACAGUAUUUAAACAAGCAUCUUACGGAACACCUUUUGGAGGGGUUGAAGGACGUGAGUGCAAAGAAACCCGAGGAUCCCUUGUUGGCGCUAGGCGAGUUUUUGGUUCAGCGGUCGAAGGAGUUGAACGGGAAGUAG